UUUCUCUCCGAAACCCUAACUCUCCCGCUUCAUCCUCUUUAAACCUUCAUCUUCUUACUCUAAAAAUCUCUCAGAAACUCCAAAUCUCCAUUUUCUGAAACUCGAUUCAACCCUAAAUCUCCAUUUUUCGUAUGCCAAUUACAGCUGCUAGCAGGAAAGGAGGAAGAAAACCAGGGGAUGAUCCUCCAGAACCCAAGAGGAAUAGAACAUCAAUUAAAAUCAAAGAGCCAGAAGCUGAACCUAGUUCAGCAGUAGAUCUGGAGACUAAAUCAACAGUGGCGAAAACAGCUAAAGGAAAAGGCAAAGCGGUUGCUGUUGAUGUGACGGAGAAGAGGAGGAAAUCAAAAAGUAAUUCUGAGGCAAAAUCUCAAAUUAGAAGACCGAGGAAGAGAACAGAUGGUCCGUUGAAGAAAUUAAAGAGUGUGAUAAGUAAAGGUAAGAAGAAGGUUGGUGUAAAAGAAGAAGACGAUGAAGAGGAGGUUGCAGAUCUAGUUAUUGAAAACCCCGAGGAGGCCGUAGAUGAGGAAGACGAAGUUGAAGAUGUCCCUGUCGAGAAAAUGAAGAGGAAGAUCAAUAAAUCUGAGAAACGGAAAGAUAACUGCCGUUUAAUUGGUGAACCAGUACUUAUUGAAGAAGCUAGACAAAGAUGGCCUCAUUGUUAUGAUGCAGCCAAGAUAAGGGAAGGUGGUGAAGGUUAUCUGCAUGUGAGACAGCACUUAGAUUUACGAAUUGGGAAACUGUUGUCAUAUCAAGGCUGAAGAUGGAGAGCCAGAUUAUAUAGGACGAAUCGUUAAAUUCUUUGAAACGACUAAGAAGAUACCGUACGUUGCUGUGAAGUGGUUCUUCCGCGCAGCAGAUACUGUCAUCAGAGAACACUCUUACCUCAUUGACGCAAAACGCGUAUUCUCUUCUGACUCUGGAGAUGACAAUCCACUGGAUUGUAUUCUUUGCAAGAUUACUGUUGCUAAAGCAUCCUUCUUGGUAUGGGUUUCUUUCUUCACUGAUAUUUAUGCAUUCCAGUUUACAUUUUAGUUUAUUGAAUGACUAAAUAUCUUAUGUCCCCUGCUCCCAUUAUUAUUAUGACAUGUCCUAUUGCGAAGAAUUUCAUACGUUUGAAAAUCUACAAACAGGAAUUGGGGAAGAAGCUAGUACAUCAUCUGCUGCAGUUUCAAGGGAGGGUUGUUCAAAAGUCUUUGAGGAAGAUACUGCUGAUCCUGAUAACGUUAUGCUGCUUCUUGACAUGUAUGCCGGUUGUGGUGCGAUGUCUACAGGCCUGUGCAUGGGUGCAGCGGCAUCCGGUGUCAACCUUGUCACUAGAUGGGCAGUGGAUUUCAAUGAAGAUGCUUGCGAAAGUCUUCGCUACAAUCAUCCAGAAACUGAGGUGCGAAAUACGAAGGCUGAGGACUUUUUGCAGUUGCUGUAUGCGUGGAAAGAUCUCUGUGCUCGUUAUAAUUUGUUGGGAACUAAUUUUAAUAAAACAAAGAAACCAACUGAGAACAAAAAGAAGGAAGAAACUGAGGAAGAGGCGCAGAGAAGCCCACCGGAUGAGAAUGGUGAGUUUGAAGUAGAGAGAAUUAUCGAAAUCUUUUAUGGAAUCAACCCAGAAACCAAUGAAGGGGCUGCUGCCUUACACUUCAAGGUGAAGUGGAAGGGGUGGGGCUCUGAUUGGGAUUCAUGGGAGCCAUAUUCAGAGCUUAUGAAAUGUGAGGACUGCAUAGAGGAAUUUGUUAAAGAUGGAUACCAAUCUAAUAUAUUGCCUCUCCCUGGCACUGUGGAUGUGGUAUGUGGUGGACCCCCCUGUCAGGGAAUCUCUGGGUUCAACAGGUUUAGGAAUUAUGAGGAGCCUCUCAAGGACCCCAAAAAUUAUCAAUUGGUUGUGUUCAUGGAUAUUGUAAAGUUUCUUCAGCCAAAGUUCACUCUUAUGGAAAACGUUGUGGACCUGAUGAGAUUUUUUGGUGGAAAUCUUGGUCGGUAUGCCAUGGGAAGGCUUGUUGCAAUGCAGUACCAAGUCCGUCUUGGUUUAUUGAUAGCUGGAAGUUAUGGGCUACCACAGUUCCGGAUGCGCACCUUUCUUUGGGGUGCCAAAAUGACAGAGCAAAAUGUUGUAAAGGGGGAUGAAGAGUAUACUCUGAAGCUGAAGGAUGCAUUAAUUCUGAAAGAUGCAAUUUUUGAUUUGCCAAAGAUUACAACGCAUGAAGUCAGGGAUGAGAUGGACUAUGGUAAUCGUAUUCCUAAGACAGAUUUUCAGAAAAUGAUUCGCUUGCCAAAUCACAAGUUGAUGGGGUCAGCUUGCCCAGAGGAAUCAGUGACUUUAAAGCUUUUUGACCAUAGACCUCUGAAACUAAGCGAGCAUGAUAAUCUUCGGGUUUCUAAAAUCCCCAGGGAGAAGGGCGCGAACUUCAGAAACCUCCCUGGAGUGAUUGUUGAUGAGAAAAACAAGGCAAGUCGUGAUCCGAAGAUGGCCAAAGUAAUGAUUGGAAAAUCUGGAAAGCCAUUGGUACCCGAAUAUGCCAUAAAAUUUGUCAGGGGAGCUUACAAAAAGCCACUUGGAAGACUGUGGUGGGACGAAAUCGUGUCUACCGUUGUGACUCGUGCCGAGCCACAUAACCAGUGGAUGGUUUAUGUAAACAUCAAUUUUCUGACUUUUGGGGUUUUCGUCAAAUAAUAUUGCAUCCUCUACAAGACCGAGUGUUAUCAAUCAGGAAGAACGCUCGUCUCCAAGGUUUUCCAGAUUUCUAUCGGCUAUUUGGUACAGUGAAGCAAAGGUACAUGCAAGUUGGUAACGCCGUGGCUGUACCGGUAGGAAAAGCUCUAGAAUUUUCUCUUGCAAAUGUAGUAAACAAUACCUCUGGCAGUGGGCAGGUUUUUGAACUCCCUCCAUCCUUCUCAAGAUGAACAAGAUUAAAACGGUUAAAUUUGACUUUUUCAAAAAUGUUUGAUGAUGACACCAAAUAACAAUUUCAUUGAGGAUUUGAUUAAUUCUUGUGGGUUUUAUAAAACAAUUAAACUUCUUUGCUGCUGUCUCUUGUAAUACAAUCCUGAGCAGCAGCACAUUUAGCUCUUUGGUAUUGUAACUUCGGAUCUACAUUCUCCUAAAUAGAAAUUCAGUU